UAUAUACUCUCAUAUAGUUGAACAAUUAUAUAUUAAACAGUUUCAGAUGUUUCGUUAAACUGCAGUUGUUGUUUGUUUGUUUUUUGGAUUAUAAUCAUUUAAAUGUGUUUGUAAAAUCAAGAUGUAUGGAUUUUACUGUUUGUGUUUUGCCCUUCUAGUAACAUUUCCAAAUUUUCUUAAAGCAGCAAAACAGAAUUUUCGUUUAAAGAGAGAAGAAAUGUGUGGCGGUGAUAUUGAUUUGGAACUCAUGGGUGGUGUUGCGGAAAUUCGGCUCAGAACUGAAGUGAACAGUGACGUAGAAUUUUACAGAGAUUCCGAAGAAUGUACAUGGACACUAAAGACGGCUCACGAUCAUUUUAUGAUUUUAAAAUCCGACUACUUUAAUAUUGAAAAGAGUGAGAACUGUAUUUCGGACUAUGUACAGAUUACAGAAAAGGGCGUCGGUGGAACAAUAAGCAGACACUGUGGUUUUGAUCCAUUGACAUAUAUCACAUUCGGAAACAUAGUACAACUACAAUUCAAGUCGGACGAUUCAACUCAAUACAAGGGUUUCAAAUUCAUCAUUAAGUCGGUGAAAAAACUUUCGGAUGACUCUUUUUGCAUUGGUAGUAUAUUAAGUGGCAAUAAUUCGAGCAUAAUGAACAAAGAAACUUCAGGAGACAGUUGUUUUUACCGAAUACAGGCACCAAAACACAAUGAUAUAACGCUGACCCUAAAAGUGCUCGAUUUUGGCUCAGCUAGUUGUGAGGAGGAAAGUAUAAUCAUUUAUGAAGGACACAGUACACAAGGAAGACCUUUAGGUACAAUAUGUAGUGAUAGUGAUCUCGGAAUACAACCAUACCGUGCAAGUUCAAUGUUUAUUGAGUACAGGAAUCCUCUUAAAUUAAAAGGCGAACGUUUCAAAAUAGAAUACAUGUUUGUAGAGGACAAUUUUGUAUCAUCAACGACCACUUUUUCGGUUAGGGGAAAUGAUGACACUGAUGGUUUGUUUAAAGAAAACAGUAUAAAUAGUGGUAUCAAUUUAUGCACUGGAUCAAAAUACAAACACAACAAAAAGUGGGCAGUUGCGGUUUGUAAUGAUAAUCUUCCUCGUCAUGUAAUACAAAUAGAAUUCGACUACUUUGACAUGGAAAACUCAGAUGACUGUAUCUUUGGUUCAUUGAAACUUUUGGCAGGAGUCAGAGAAGAAACAUCUUUUCUUAAUGAACAAUCUUGCGGAAAGAAUAAACAUGGACACACUUUUGUAACAAUGGGCAAAUCACUGCGUCUUGAAAUUAAAACAGAUGAAUCAUUAGCCCUUAAGGAUUUUCUGGCAAAAGUUUCAUUUGUACCAGAUACAGAAUGUAUAUGCAAAGACAAAAUGGAAUGCACUCGGGACAACACUGAAAAAUGUAUUCACGGAAAAUAUUGUGAUACAAAUAUAUGUCAAAACGGCGGAACUUGUAUCCAGACUAGUUCUGAAGAGAAAUGUUACUGUCCGGGAGGUUUCAAAGGAGACGACUGUUCACAAAGAGAUGGUGAAUUUUCGAACAAAAUAACAUUCAUCAGUGCACCCGUGGACCGCACGGUAAAGAGAGGUCAAGGUCAUAUCGAAGAAUGUCUAGUUGAAGUUCCAUAUGAAGAGGAGGUAGAAUAUAGUUGGACAUUACAAGGAAUAUUAGUAAAUCCGUACAAUAGCACAAUAGGAUUUGGAACUCAUCCGGAUGGAACAUUACAGAUUGACAAGUUCUCGGACGAAAUGGAGGGGCAAUAUUCAUGUAUUGCUACAACCUCGGUCGAAACAGUGAAUCACACUUUUACGUAUACCAUUGCAGAUGAUUGUGACGUCAGAAUAUACCCAGGACCACAGUCAGAGAUCAAAAAACCUAAUGAAAUAGCUUUACUUACGUGCCGCGUGAACCAUCGAGUAAAAGAAGUUAGAUGGAAGAAAGAUGGUGUUUACAUUGAUUAUAACAAAGAUGAUAGAAUCAAGAAAAUGGCUAAUAAUUAUUUACUCAUCUCAAACGUCCAAACAUCGGACGCGGGAGUUUACCAGUGCGAGGCCGAAGACUACAACGGUUGCUAUAGCUCCAAAGAAGGCAAACUACAGGUAGUAAAUGUGAAGUCUCAUGGAAAAUGUAAGUUCAAAUAUUGCUUAUAAAUUUUGAUUCAAUUAACUUUCCUUUUCCAUAAAUAUAAACGCUUGUUAGUCUUACGGUAAUGCUUUUAUUAUUUUGGCUCUUUUCAUAGAAAUAGUUUCUGCAGAAUGGUAAUACUUAUUCUAACGUCUUUACGUCACAUUCUUGUAGAAAACUCAUAAAUUAAAUAUAAAAUAAAUCAGGUAUGUAGUAACGUAAUAUAUCUUGCUUACGGCUUAUAAGAAUACUUUAUAAACAUUGGCAAUUAAAUCAAGUUUUAAACAUCUUUGUUUCCGCUAUAUCUUAAGAUACAAAAUAAAAUUUGUCAAUGUUUGUUUUAAUCAUUUAUUUUACUUGAUAUGAUCUGCACAUGGAAAAAAAUACUAGUUAUCCAAGGUAGUUCUAUCAGUCAAUAUUUAGGCCCCCUUUAGGCGAAAGUGGGAUAUUGUUUUGCAAAUGUUAGCGAUCGAUUUAGUUCGUUUUAACUGUAGCCUUCGAGCUUCAUCGGAAUGGUCACCCUAAAAGACCACUACUGUUUUAAGGUGCCGAUUCUUGAAAGUAAAUGUCACAAUGACCUUGAAUUUUAAACUUUUUAGCUCAAUAACUUAAGAAACAUGUGACCUUUUACAUUAAACAUUUAAUGUACGAUCGCUGUUAUUGAGUUAAAUGCGUCUUUUGAUUUUGGACCUCGAUAAAUAAAGGCCAAGGUCAAAGUGAAAAUGACAGUGAAAACUAUUUUGUCAUUAACUUAAGAACCAUUCACUAAUUUGAGAACUAUUUAACCUAUUGAAACUUUAUAAUUAUGUUGAUUAAUCUUAUAAAUUUAUGGGUGCAGUAUUUUGUGCCGAUGCUUAAAAUUCAAGGACGCAGUGACCUUGAAUAAAAAUUAUUGGUGUUCAACAAUUUUUAAAAUCAUUUAACCCAUGGCAUUCAAACUUCAAAAGAUAAUUACCUUACUUGGACGCCGAUGCACAAAGAUCAAUGUCAAAGUGUCCUUGAAUGUAUGAAAUAUUUUUCCUCAUAAAUUGAGACCCAUUUUACAUAUAACGUUCAAAUUUCAUAAAAUGAUAAGAUCGCCGCCAUUGAGAAGAAGACCCCUAUGGUUUUCGGUCACCAACACGUGUAGAUCAAUGUCACAGUGACCUUGAUUGUAAUAAUUGUUUCCUUUCAAAUACUUGAGAACCGAUUAAUCAACAGUCUUUUACUUCAAAUGAUGAUUACCCUCAUACAUAAAAAAUGUUUUGGGUACCUGUGCAUAAUGGAUGUCACAGUGACACUGAAUGUAAAAAAAAAUGUUUCAAUGUAAAAAUUAUGGGCACAAAUAAAAAUCAGUAUUUGAAAGUUUAUUAAACAGAACAAAUGUACAAAGUAAUAUCUAUUCUACUAUUUUGUGUUUACAGAUAUAAUAGAAUUGCAAAGUGACAUAAAGAUUGAAUAUAAACUUAUCAAAGUUAUGGACAGCUUAACUGUACACAUGUCUUUUAUAAGAUUAAGGGAUAUUAUGAUAGAAAUUUUGUUUACAGUUCAUUAACUUACUCAGUGGUUUUCAUAAUGUUUACUUAUUCUUACCAUUCAUAUGUUAUAAUAUGGUGAUAGUGGUCAGACAUGGAUUUUUUAACUAAGAUUUAAGGUUCAUUUUUGCUGGUUAUAAAUCAUUUUAUAUGACAAAAGUUUUACCAAUGAAUGGGAAAAUAGACCAUCUUUAUAUUUCUUGGACUUAAAUUACAAUUAAUUUCUUGGUUUCUGACAUUUUGAAGGAUAUUGGAUUUUUUCUUAUUGAACAAAGGAUUACUUUCUACAUGUACACAGACAACUUUUGGACAUUCAAUGGACUGUGUAAACAUUCUACACUGGAGUUCAGUGUGUUAAUUACAAAGGAAUUUGUAACAUUUGCUAGGGUAUUGUGAUCAUAAGGAUUAAAUUGCAUAACAAUUGCAUGACAUAGCUGGACUCUGAUCAAAAGGUAACAGUUGAUAAUUAUGGGUAUAGAUAUACUGCUAUAUCGUGCAAGAAUAGGCAGCUUUAACCUG